AUGAAUUUAAUAAGAAGACUAUCAAAUGAUAAAAUUAUAGAUUUGACUGGUGGUUUUACUGGUGUGGCUACUACACCUCCAAACCCAAACCCACCCGCUGAUUACCGCAACAAGACGCUACAGAGUACUCCUAGAAAGGCCAGUAAACCACCAAUUAAACCCUCAGUCACUCCCCUCCCUCUCUACUCUUACACACGUCCACCGAGUUUCUCAAACAAAGGUCUCAAAGCACCAGGGAUUGCCUACACGCGCUCUUUGGAAGAAGCUGAUGAUCUAAUUUCCCUCCUUAGAGGUCCUGUAGGUUUUGAUAUGGAGUGGAAAGUCGAUUUCCGUAAGAACGCACGUCAACGUCCCACAGCACUUGUACAGGUGAGUGUGGCCAUUGAGCCACGCAAAGCUGACAAAGCACAGCUAUGUGAUGAUAAGCUUAUUGUUAUCCUACACCUCUACCACAUGCCAAAAUUACCUCAAGAGCUAAUCAAACUUCUCACAAACAAAGACAUUAUUAAAUUUGGUGUCAAUAUUGGCAACGAUGGUCGCAAAUUCUUCAAUGACUACAAGGUACAGUGUAAAGGGUUGCUGGAGUUGACUUUCCUCGCUAAAUCUAUCCACGCCGAAGAUCUGGGCACGAAUAAAGUGUUGAUAUCACUGGACAAAUUGACAGAGUAUGUGUUGAAACAGCGACUGGAUAAAGGAAAUGAGAGAGUUGGUGAUUGGGAGUCUUUUCUUGACUGGAAGCAGAUAGAAUAUGCGGCUAAUGAUGUUUACGCUGGCUAUCAGAUGUAUAAACGAUUAUCAGAACAAUCCAAAGAUACCGAUUAUAGCAAUUUCUUAGUAGAAAAGGACUACGAAACUGGUUUAAUUAAAGAGACACCAAACAACGCUGCAAACAAUACCAAGCCUAUACCUACCACUUCAGAUACCCACAUCAGGAACUCAAUUUCGAACAAAGUAAAGUAUAACACGGCUAACAGAUCAAUAGAACGGGAAGGUACUCGCAUUACAUCGCUACAACCAAGACAUCUUAAAGCUAUCAAGGCAUACUUCCAUGACGAGCUAUCAUUAGAUGACACGCGCAAGAGUUUACGCCCAGAGAAGCCACUAGCUCAAAUCACAGAUAUUCGGAUGCAAUGCUGA